UUUAAUCACUGCAGAUACAUGAAGAUCAGUUUACACUUAAUUUUUCUGUCGCAUUGAAGGUUAAUACUUGGAAUAUCAACCUUGAACCUGAGGAGCGUUAGAUACCCAAAGAACAUAUGUUAGAUAUCCACACAGACACGCUGAGCGAUUUGUCAUUUAAGUAUUUUUGAAUAUUCAAAUAUUUACUCUUGAGCUACUGAGUUUACUUUUUGGGUUUCUACCUCGCUCUUACUCUGUCUAUCUAUCUCUCACUCUGACACAAAUCAUUCAAAAGUGUUUUUUUUAUUUCAUACAUUUUUAUGAUUGUCUUGUCAUAAACUUAAGAAAUUGUUAAUUCAACUGUCGCCUUAUCAACUCGCAUAAUAAAUGAACACGCACAAAGUGUAAACAUUUGUUAUUGAUAAGGAAGCACCUGCUACCUGUGGUACUCAUCCCUGGUUAGAUCAUGGUUCUGCUUAUGGAGAGGCUACCUCAUUACUUUCACUUGUCGUCAUCUCAUUGUAUAUUUGUUUAACUGAAAAUAGUCGCAGCUCUAAAUGAGUGUAGAAUUUCAAACUGUUGAGGCAUCAUUAUUCAGAAGUUGACUCUAAUUAUGACGAUCAAAAGAAUGGGCCGACAUCGGAUUCGUCGUCACAGAUGGAGACGACGGAGGAGGAAGAAGAGAUGGAAAUUAUCUAUCAACAUCCAGAUAGAAAUCGCCGUACAAUCUCGUCUAUAUUCAAUAUACGACCUGGUGAUUCUAAUAAGCUUAUCGAACGAGAUUUAUUCUCUUUGGGUUACAACGCCUCUAAAGUUGAUUCAUGGCCUACUAGUCAAUUGUUUGAAAAACCAAAUCUCUAUUUAAUGCUUUUGGAGUUGAUAAGGAAACGUCUUAAAGCCAAUGCCAUUAUUAUUAUUGGCCAGAACUCAGAAUAUGUUCAUCUUAUGGUCUUGCAGAGUUUCUCUCGCAUGUUUCGUGAUAUUCACAAUGUUCUGUCUAUAGAAUUGCCCAUGGAACAGGUUACGCCACGCUCCUUUAAGCUGAUUUAUGAUUGGAUGAUUGAGGAUAAACCACUCUUAACACGUUUGGGUUUGCUGGAGGUUUGGCGGGCAGCUAAUUUUCUGCAGAUCCCUCAACUAGAGCUUCAAUGUGAAGUGUGCCUGGCUCAGGGACUAAAUGAAGAGUCGGCUUUCAUGCUAUAUCUGGAAUCGCGUAUCCUAAAGAUGGAGCAAAUACAGCAACAUUUUCUGGAGCGUGUAUCCAAAUUUUUUCUCAGCCUGGUAGCCUCUCAAGAGUUUCUAUCUCUAGCUCGUGAGCCGCUGCUUGUUUUGCUAGGCUCUAGCAUGAUUUCUGUUAACACCGAACUGGAGGUCUUUAUGUCUGCUGUCCGUUGGUUGAACUAUCAGUGGCCACAGCGUAAAGAAAACAUAUCCGAGGUUGUUGCUAAAGUUCGAUUUGCUUUAAUACCCCCUUGGCUAUUGAUACGUCUACAGAAACCCAAGAUGACAUCUCUGUCAGUCGAACGUAUUGCCCAGCAGGCAGAAGUUCGACAAUUUAUACAUGAUGGCAUUGCCUAUACGACCACAAGAUUAUUUUAUGGCAAUGAUAGGGAUUCAUUUAGGGAGCAUUUACAACGUACAGAAACUCAAACGCCUGAGCAAAGAAUGUGGAUCUAUGAUCGUGCCUGUUCACAUCAUCAUCGUCUCAAUUGUAAAAUCUCUGAGGAUCUAACCUAUGAAAUGUUUAUACAGUAUUUAAAUCAUAUACAAAUGCAGCAUAAAGAUUAUUGGCAAUCCCUGGAACCAGUUGGAGCCAGUCCAAAAUGUUUGGCCUGUCAGCGGCAAGCCGAGGCGGUGCAGAGAUAAACCCUAUAUAUACUCAUAUUUUGAUCUUCA